CAUCUCUAACUGUUUUAUCAUCGCAAACUCCUUGACGCGUGCUCUAUCCAAGCAAGCUCUCUGAAAAAUCGUGCAAUAAAGCCGAUCCAAAUAAAGUAUAGAAUAUAUAGCGAGUUGUAAAAGUGCAGAAUAAGACAAAGAACGAGUGAAAAAUGGCAAACGCAGACGGGCAAUUCAACUACGGCCAGCAGGGCAACGGCGAUAAUUUCAACGACGACAGCAACCAGCAGGAUGACGAAGACCAGUUUGACGAAAACCCCAACGUGAAGAUCGAUAACGUUGACGAAAGCCCCAAGUUCGUCCGUCUGCGCGGUCUUCCGUGGUCCGCCACCCACAAGGAGAUCCUCGAUUUCCUGGAGAACGUGAACGUUACCAACGGUUCGGCGGGCAUUCACCUGGUCACCAGUCGAGUCGAUGGCAAGAACACUGGCGAGGCCUACGUGGAGGUUGCCAGCCAGGAGGACGUCGAGGAGGCGCGCAAGCUGAACAAGGCCAGCAUGGGCCACCGCUACAUUGAGGUUUUCACUGCUACUCCCAAGGAGGCUAAGGAAGCCAUGCGAAAAAUCAGCGGUCACGGCACUGCCUUCGUUGUGAAGCUUCGGGGUCUGCCAUAUGCCGUCACUGAGCAGCAGAUCGAGGAGUUCUUCUCGGGGUUGGAAAUCAAAACGGAUCGGGAGGGCAUACUUUUUGUUAUGGACAGAAGGGGUCGUGCAACUGGGGAAGCUUUUGUUCAGUUCGAAAGCCAGGACGACACUGAGCAAGCCUUGGGCCGAAAUCGGGAAAAAAUUGGGCACAGGUAUAUUGAGAUAUUCCGCAGUUCAAUUGCUGAGAUGAAAAGGGCCACAGGUGCUGGCGGUGGCGUCGGAGGACGCCCAGGUCCAUAUGAUAUACGUGAUCGUGGAGCAAAUCGUGGAGGCAACGAUUUCGGCGGAGGGCGCAACGAUUGGGGCAACAAUGGCAACUUCGGUGUUGGUGCCAACAACAUGCUGGGCUUCAACAAUCUGCCAAGCCUUAUGAACUCCGGCAACUUUGGAAACAACCAAGGCAACAGCGGCAACUUCGGAAACAACUCUGGACCGAGCAAUUUCGGCAACUUUGGUGGCGGAAACAACGGUGGAGGUGGAAACUCCGGCAACUUCGGAAACAACGGCGGUGGCAACAGCGGAAACUUUGGUAACUUCGGCAACAACGGAGGCGGAAACUUCGGCGGCAACAACAACGGCGGCGGCGGCUUCAACAGUGGAAACAAUUUUGAUUCCUCUGGCGGCAAUAAUUUCGGCAACAAUGGAGGUUCCAAUUUCGGCGGCAACAAUGGCGGAGGCUUCAAUAACAGCGGCAACUUCGGAUCAUCCUCCGGCGGCGGCAACUUUGGCCCGAUCGGCGGUGGUCGCAACAACAAUAGCGGCAACUUUGGAAACUCUGGGUUCGGUAACUUCGGUGGAAACAACAAUAACGGAAACGGCGGCUCGAACUUCGGAGGAGGCAACAACAAUGGUGGUGGCUUCAACAAUGGCGGUGGCAACUUUGGCGGCGGCAACUCUCUUGGAGGAGGCGGCAACUUUGGGCCCAUUGGCGGAGGACGGGGCAAUGAUGCCGAGCAUUACACAAUCCAUAUGCGCGGACUGCCGUACACCUCAUUCGAAAAUGACGUCUUUAAGUUCUUCGAGCCCAUUCGACCCGCUAAUGUGCGCAUCAACUACAACAAGAAGGGUCUGCACAGUGGAACUGCCGAUGCUUACUUCGACACCUACGAGGAUUCCCAAGUGGCCAUGAAGCGCCAUCGAGAGAAGAUGGGCUCCCGGUACAUUGAGCUGUUCUACGACGGAAAGACCCGAGGUGGAAGCAAUGGGAACAACGGUGGCGGCAAUGGAGGUGGUAACGGCGGGGGCAUGGCCAUGGGUAACAAUGGGGGCGGCGGCAACUUUUCGCGACGCAUCUGAAGCACUUCCAUAGUUCGAUUACAUUGAAAUUAAUGUAGAUGCAAGUAUUUGAUAAUAUUAUGAUGAAGGCGGUACUCUAAACCGCCAAGGCCCUUUUACAUCCACGUAAACCACUUAACUAUCGAACAGAUUUCAGACGGAAACAAUUGGUUAGGCUUGAAAACCUCUUUUCUGAUUGUAAGCUAUAAUGUAUCAAGAAUAAAGAGCACUUUUUUAUUUAAGUA